UCAUUCAAUAGAAAGUAAUAAAAUAAAGUGGAAUUUGAACGAGUACGCUAAAAGAUAAUCUCUAAAGCAUUAAAUAUGUUUGAGCAUUUCCAAUCUUAACAGACUUGAAAUAAAGUCACGAUUUAAACAACAAAAAUUAUUAAACAUCAGGGCGUUUAUUAAGUACUUCUCGUGCAACUAUCAGAAGAUCUUUCCAUAUAUCCACCAAAUUAAAUCAAGCAAUGGGUAUCGAUGGAAAUAACAUUUUAGCCGAGAGCUUAAAAAAGCAGGGCAUAGAAUAUGUUUUCGGCAUAGUAGGUAUUCCUGUUAUUGAAACUUCUAUGGCAUUCCAAUCUGUCGGCAUUAAAUAUGUGGGAAUGAGAAAUGAACAAGCAGCGGCUUAUGCAGCUCAGGCUAUUGGUUACCUUACAGGCAAGCCAGGAGUAUGUCUUGCGGUAUCUGGCCCAGGGCUCCUCCACUGUAUAGGAGGUAUGGCCAAUGCACAAGUGAACUGUUGGCCUCUGCUGGUCAUCGCUGGCUCUUGCCCAGAAGACCAUGAAGGUAUUGGAGGAUUCCAAGAAUGGCUGCAGGUAGAAUCAAGUCGCCUGUACUGCAAGUAUGCAGUACGACCUCCUUCACCAAAACUCAUUCCUUUGCACGUAGAGAGAGCCGUGCGCAGCGCGUGCGCGGGUCGGCCCGGUGUAGCUUACCUGGAUAUGCCCGCUACUUUACUUAUGGCGGAAGUAGAAGAAGACAAAGUGCCACUAGACUAUUACACAGCAGCACCUCUAACCUUGGCUCAUCCAGCCCCAGAACUAGUAGAUAAAGCAGCAGAAUUACUGUCCAGUGCUAAAAGGCCAUUAGUAGUAGUGGGAAAGGGGGCUGCGUAUGCGCGGGCUGAAGAUGCAGUACGGAAACUUGUGGAUAGCACUGGAAUACCGUUCUUGCCUACACCUAUGGGUAAGGGCGUAGUACCCGACGAGUCAGCAUAUUGCGUGUCGACGGCACGAACGCAAGCGCUGCUCCAAGCAGAUGUGAUACUCUUACUGGGCGCAAGAUUGAACUGGAUGCUGCACUUUGGACAGCCGCCGAGAUUCGCGCCUGAUGUUAAAGUUAUACAGGUCGACAUUUCUCCAGAGGAAUUCCACAAUAGUAUCAAAUCAGAAGUGGCAAUACAUUCCGACAUCAAGCCAUUUACUGAGGCUCUUUCUCAAAGACUUUCAAACAAAAAGUUCUCAUUGCAACCCAAUAAUAAUGCUUGGUGGCAGUCGUUGAAGGAAAAGCAGAAGAAAAAUACCGAAUUUGUUGAGGCUCAAGCAAACAACAAAACGCAGCCCUUAAAUUACUAUGCCGUUUUUAAGGCAGUUCAAGCUAAUAUUCCCAAAGAUUCAAUAAUAGUCAGUGAAGGAGCAAAUACUAUGGACAUUGGUAGAGGAAUGCUACUUAACAACCAAGCCAGGCAUAGACUGGACGCUGGUACUUUUGGAACUAUGGGGGUGGGACCUGCAUUCGCUGUAGCAUCGGCGAUGUGGUGCAGAGACUAUGCGCCCAACAAGCGAGUCGUGUGCGUUGAAGGAGAUUCCGCUUUUGGAUUCUCAGGAAUGGAGAUUGAAACGAUGUUCCGCUACAAGCUGCCAGUGAUUAUUAUAAUUGUGAACAACAAUGGUAUAUACAGUGGGUUUGAUAAAGAAACCAUGAAGGAUUUCCAGUCUGCUGGCGACAUCGCUCAAUGUACUCCUCCCACCGCAUUAUCCAGCGAGGUUCGCUAUGAGAAGAUGAUGGAAAUGUUCGGCAGUUCGGGCCACUUGUGCCGAACUGUGGAAGAAAUCGAAACAGCUAUCAAAGCCGCUAUACAAGUCACAGACAGACCCAGCAUUAUCAACAUAUUGAUCAGCCCGCAAGCCAACAGAAAACCACAAACGUUCAAUUGGCUUACCGAGUCUAAACUGUAAUUAUAUUGUUGAAAUUUGAAGAGAUAUAUUUAUACUUUUAUGUUGUUUUUGGUGCUAUGUCAAGGGAGCUUAUAUUUCUAUUGUUGGUGAAUCGCUUUAAUAUAUACAAUUGUUAUGCUCAAAUAAAACAAAGGUUAAGGUUUAAGGAUAAUUUUUAUAUUGUCUGUCUAUUGAGUCAUUUAUAAUGUCACAUCACAUGUUUGUAUAUGUUGAACUUAAAAUUAUAUAAUAAUAAAUAUAUUAUUUGUUAUAAACUAAA